GGAAGGUCACGCGGCUGCAGCAUGGCGGUGUUUGCAGAUUUGGACCUACGAGUGGGCACGGAUCUGAAGGCACUGCGCGGACUCGUGGAGAACGCUGCUCACCUUGGCUAUUCAGUUGUUGCCAUCAAUCACAUUGUUGAAUUUAAAGAAAAGAAACAGGAAAUUGAAAAGCCAGUAGCCAUUUCAGAACUCUUUACAACUUUGCCAAUUGUACAGGGAAAAUCAAAACCAAUAAAAAUUUUAACCAGGCUGACAAUUAUUGUUUCGGACCCAUCUCACUGCAACGUUUUGAGAGCAACUUCUUCACGGGUCCGGCUGUACGAUAUUGUUGCAGUUUUUCCAAAGACAGAAAAACUUUUUCAUGUUGCUUGUACACACUUAGAUGUGGAUUUGGUCUGUAUAACUGUAACAGAAAAACUACCAUUUUACUUCAGAAGACCACCUAUUAAUGUGGCAAUUGACCGAGGUGUGUGCUUUGAACUGGUCUACAGCCCUGCCAUCAAAGACUCCACAAUGAGAAGGUACACAAUUUCCAACGCCCUCAGUUUGAUGCAGGUCUGCAAAGGAAAGAAUGUAAUUAUAUCUAGUGCUGCAGAAAGGCCUUUAGAAAUAAGAGGACCAUAUGACAUUGCAAACUUAGGGUUGCUGUUUGGACUCUCCGAGAGCGAGGCCAAGGCUGCGGUGUCUACCAACUGCCGAGCUGCGCUUCUCCACGGAGAAACUAGGAAAACUGCUUUUGGAAUCGUCUCCACAGUGAAGAAACCUCGGCCAUCAGAAGGAGAUGAUGAUUCUCUUCCAGCUUGCAAAAAAGCCAGGUGUGAGGACUGAAAAGAACCUCCCCGCCACCAGAAACACUCCCUGCUUCCCUUCGUAGUCCUUCGGCCACAACAGAAAUGAAACCUCUGUGUGAGUUGCUGUUUUUGCAUGGAGCUAGAAAUCGGUGUGGCCUCUCAAAACGAUUUUAUGUUCAAACCAGUAAACUCACAAGCAGAACCUGGUGAAGCAUUAAAAUAAAAGAUGCAGCUUAAUGAAUUCGGAUACUAUAUUAUGAGAGAAAAGCAGUCUAUAGUUAACGUUCUUUGUGUAAGUGAUAAGACAGCAGGUAUAAAUUAGAUGUUUUGGUAUUUCAAGACUUUUUAAAAAAUGUGUUUUUUAUUUAAAAACUCAUGCUUCUCUGCUUCACUUGAUACACACUACUUUUUCAACCUUAUACUCAAAAUGUGCUUGUUUUCCAGGACUAUUAAGCCUAUCCAGGACGAUUGGCUUUUAGCUGAUCUAUUCUUUUAAAACUCUCUUUUAUUAUGUUCAUCAGGGCAAAGUUCUUUCUAAAAGGACUUGCUAUAAAAUUUGUAGAAGGAGAAGGAAGUGUACCUAAAAUCUCAGUUGGCCUCUCCUUGGCUGCUUCUCACCUCCAUGAUGCCCUUGAAACAGGAUUCUCUCCUUUGACUUGGAAGCCCCUGAAAACCUAAUACUGAUUUUUGCUAAUAGUUAUAUUAAGAAUAUUAAAGCAUUAGAUUUAACCAACUUUGGAAAUAAUUUUUAAGAGGGGGAUUAUUAUAUUAGAUAGAAGUAGCCUUUUUGCAAAUAUCUUCAUUUUUGCUGUUGAUACCAAUAAUUCCUUUAAUUGAGAAAAAGGACAGAGUCAGAGAAAAGAUCAUUUCAAAAUGAAGUCUUAUACAAGUCUCACUUGUGAAUAUAGAUGUUUAAAUAAAAUAUUGGUAAAGGGAAACCAUUAAAACUAUAUACCAUGACAAGGUAAGAUUUAUUCUAGUAAUCUAAGAAUAUUUCGGUUCCCUUUAAUGUUUUGUACUUUAUAAUAUUAAUAGGUCAAGUGAGAAAAAUCAGAAUCACCUUAGUAGAUGCUAACAAGACAUUUGAUAAAAUUUUAAAUCUACUCCAGAUUUAAAAAUUAAGCAACAGUGAAAACCUUUGGCAAAACACAAGUAGAAGACUCUCACACACAUGUUCCAUAUAUAUUUAUAUAUUGUAUAUAUUAACCAUGACGGUUCUAAAAGUAAAGCAUUUUCGACUGACUUGCGUGACUUGAUGGAUGAGCCUGCCCCAUGAUGCUGGUGGCCACCGCUGCUGAGCCCACACACCGGCAGUUCACCACGUGGGUGGCGGCCUGCGUCUGCCUGUGCCCCACUUGGAUUCACCAAAAGUUAGGUGUGUGUUUAUGCACAAGUCUUUGUGUCAUGGUAUUUAGCAUUGUAAAGUUGAAUAAGUUAGUUAAAAAUUAUGAGCACUGAUGAACUAUGAAAAGUAAAAAAAGAAAUCCCAGGAAAACUAGAUUUGAUGCUUUUGAAAGUUUUGCGAAAAAGAGUAGUUACUAAAAAAAAACUGUUAAAAAAAAGUGUGAGCAGGAUAACUAAGAUUUGGGGGAGAUGCAGUGAAAUUCUGCGCUUGGAUUCCUUCACAAGAGUCAUUAGUUCUUUCUUUAAAGAGACUGGAACUGAAGAAAGAUAAUUGGAUCUCCCACCGGUGCUUCCAUACACCCAGGAACAGGCCUUGACCUUUCUUUAAAGACUGGUCCAUGAAUACGUUUGUAUGCGUGUAAUUUAGACUGAAAUAAGAUGUUUAAGUAGGUGUAUGUUUUAACUAUCGUGUUUAAGAUUUUACCUACUUAUUUUAGACAGCGAAAGGGGGAGAGAAGGAAACAUCCAUGUGCAAUUGGUAGCCUCCCGCACGCUCCCUCCUGGGGGCCUGGCCUGCAACCCAGGCUCGGCGUCUGGCUGGGAAUCGAACUGGCAAACCUUGUGGUUCACAAGCUGCUGCUUAAUCCACUGAGCCACACCAGCCAGGGCUUAACUCUUUUUGAUGCCACACCUUAAUCUACUUUUUAGCCAACUUGGCUGUUGUGUGUGUGUGUGUUAAUGUACCCCAACCGCACCAGAUAAUAUUGAGGACUUUAAUGUUGUAUUAGAAAUGAGGUAAAGUUAUUGCAGGUAUGACUAUCUUCUUGAAAAAGAAGAGAAGUAGCUGGGAAAACAUUAGACAUGCAGGUGCUUUUUAGUUUGCAGACAUGUUCCACAUUGCAGUUAGGCCUGCUUUCUGUUUUUGAAUGUGUGCUUAUCUCGUUCGGGCACUAGGGCCUGAUGCCUCGUCACCAGUGACUGGCAGUCAGUGGGUGUCUUUCUAAUUGUGCAGGGGGUCCAGCCUGUGGCCCACGGGCCCUGUGCAGCCCAGGAUGGCUGUGAAUGUGGCCCCGCACAAAAUUGUAAAUUUACUUAGAACAUGACAUUUUUUCACGGUUUUGUGUCACAGUGUAUUUAAUGGGCGGCCCAAGACAACUCUUCCAGUGUCGUGCAGAGACACCAGAAGUUGGACACCCCUGUAUGUGUGCUUCUGUCUGGUUAGAAUGUGAGCCAGUACCAUACCUAUAAUAAAAUUUCAGCAAAACAUGCCCUGGCUGGUGUAGCUCAGUGGAACCAGUGCUGGCCUGCAAACCGAAAGGUUCCUGGUUUGAUUCCAGGUCAGGGUACAUGCCUGGGUUGCGGGCCAGGCCCCGUGUUGCGGGUGUGCAGGAGGCAGCCAGCUGAUCUCACCCUCACACGUCUGUGUUUCUUUCCUCUUUCUGCCUCCCUUUUUCUCUCUGAAAAAAUUAAGAUAAAAAGUAAGUUCUGCAAAACAGUGAUAAAGUACAUGAAAGCGAAUAGUUUUAAUAUUUUAUAAAAUAUCAUUUGAAAAGAUCCUAUUUGUAAAGACAUAAAUUACUAAGAAAUGUAUAGGACCUUUAUGAAGAAAACUGGAAAUUUUUUUAUUCAGUUAACAGUUGUCCCCAUUUUUCCCCCAUUGCUCUCCCCUGACCUGCCCCCCCACCCCCACCCCCACAUUCAAUCCUCCCCCCUGCCCAGUUGUCCUUGUGCAUGGGUCCUUUAUACAUGUUCCUUGGCUCGACCCUCUCAUUUCCUCCAUGGUCCCCCUCCCUUCUGGUCCAUGUCAGUUUGUUCUUUAUUUCCAGAAAACAAAUUAAAAUCAUAAGAGGAAUUAAAGAAGACUGGAAUACAUGGAGACAUUCUAUUUUCUUGGAUGAGGAGAUAUUAUACAUCAAAUUCUCCCCUAAAUAAUGAAUUUAACAAAAUCCAUACAAAGUGUUUAUAUUUUUGUUUGUGUAUAUGCUUAGUUUGUAGACUUGGUACUUUGAAAGAAUAAAUGUAAGAAUAGGAAAUUUUGUAGAAGAAUAAUAGGACAGACCUAUACUGGACAGUUAUUCAGAGCACAGCAGAACACUAGUUGAUUAAAACUGUGUAUAUUAAAAAGAAAACAAAAACUGUGUAGUUGGUACAGAAGUUGUUUUAGGUUAAUGAGAAAGUUGGGAGUCCAGAAGCACCGCAGUUGGGGAGGAAGCGACGGGUUCAUCUGUAGGUGGUGCUGGAAGAAGGGGUUGGUUUGCGGGGCCGGGGCCGCGUACCAGUCAAGUGCAAAGCCAGAAGAGACUGCCUGCGCUCAAACCCCAGCCUGCUAAGACUUACCACCCGUGACCUUGGAAAAAUUACAUAACCACUCUGGCCUCGCUUCAUCUAUUCUCCCUGUGGCAUUGCAAGGGUUAGGUAGGUUAAUAUCUGUAGAAGGCUCAGAACAAGAUCAGUCAUGGACAAUGUAACUGCUGUCAGCUAUCAUUCCAUCAUUUACAGGGGAAAAUCCAAUUCCUAUCUCAUUCCGAGUACACACACCCAAAGUAAAUACAGGUGAGUGAAAGAUACAAUUUUUUAACUUGUAAAAAAACUAAAGAAAUAGGUAAAUUUAAAGAAAAGAAACCAUUUGGAUUGGAAAAGACAAAGUGGUCACUAAAGCCAGAAAACAGAAAGCUUCAUUGAUUGAACCUUAUAAAAAUGUCUGUUAAAAAAGCACAGCUAGGAAAGUCAUUUAUGAUGCAUGCUCCAGAGAGGUUUAGCAUCCCUAUCUUUUGAGAAACUUUAAAAAUCACCCAACAUGCCAAAUGCUGUCUGUGUCCGCCCAGACCCCUCUCACCAGGCUGGUGUACCCAGCCCUCAGCUGCUCUAGGUGGUGGGAACUAAUGGUCUAUGUCCAGCCUCCUCUGGAGGAUUGUCCCGGACGAUGGGUAUCACCCUACCCAGGGAUGCCUGGGAAGUUUCCUUUCCACCCCUUGGGGUUGGACCGCAGACAACGCCUGAUGCAGGGCAUUACAGCCCAGCCUUCUGGCCUGUGCUGUGCAGUUCACGCUCCAGAGCUCCCUGGGACUGGGCUGAGGAGAGACUUCCUUUGAGGCCACAUUUUUGCCUCUUUUCUCCUCCGCCUCAUCCUGUUACACUUGUUUAUUCUCAACCACAAGAGCCCUCAUUUCCAGGGCUGCUUCCAGGGAACGUGACAAUAGAAGAUUGGACAAAGAAGGGUGACCCAGAAAAAUGCUCAGUAAACAUGAAGAUGCUGAACUUUACAGUAAUCAGGCAAAAGUUGUCAAAUUUAUAGAUAUAUAGAUAUAGAUAAAUAGAUACAUUGUAUGAAUGUUUUGCUAAUCAGAUUGAACAGAUAAGUUUUUUCAUGAUUGGAAAGGCAAUAAUAUGGAAGGUAUAAUUUGAUACCAAUCUUACAGAUACUUUUGUGUGUCUUUUCAGCAGUAACUGGUUAUGUAUAAAGGGUGCAUGGAAAAGGGUAGUCAUUACAACAAUGUCUAAAAUAGUGGGAAAAGGGAACAACCUAAAUGCUCAAUAAUAAUAGGAUUAGUUAAAUGACCCAUUGUAUAUUGAACCAUAAGAAUACCAUUUAUAAAGAUGUGCAGAAUAAGUUGUUUAAUUGAAAACAGUUAUAAAACUAAAUGCACAGUGCCCAUGCGUAAUGUGCACAGAGAAAUCAGAGAGUGCCUUGAAAUUGGAAUUAGUGGUGUGGUUUGCCUUUUUCAUUAUCCAUUUCUGUAACUGGCUUAAUACUUAAUGGGUAUGUAUUACACGUUCAAAGGGGGAGAGGAAAUUUUUUCCCUUGGGUGCUGAAGGCAGUAUGAUGGGUGUUGUGGCCUAGAGGAAAAGGACCGUAAGAGCACCGUCAGGAGGAGUAACGAAGUCUAAGGAAGGGUCAGGGCAGCUUCCUGGGUAAAAUGCAGCUCACCCGAAAGAGGGAUGAGGAGAACAUGCCACGGGUGAAGCGGGGUGUGAGGGAGGCCCUGCUAGGGACCUGGUGCAGCAUGUAAAACAGAAAAACAAGUGCUGGUUUGUGGGGUUUUUUAAGUAACUGAAAAUCCAAGUAGAGUUGAAAUUUAGAGUUUAGCUAGGAAAGUAAUGAGAAAUAGAUAAGGAUAGAGUUAACAGCUGCCAGGUUUUUAGGAUUUUAGAAAACGUUCAGAACUGGGAACCCAUUGAAGAAUUUUGAAAAAGAGAACUUGACCAGAAUUGCAUUUUAGAAAAAUCCCUCUGGCUGCAGCUUGAAGAACAGACUGGAGGGAAGUAAACCAGGGGGUGGGGGCCCCCAGCAAGGACCAUUUGAGUUAUCCAGGGGGUAACCUGUGGCAAUCUGAACUGAGGGAGCGGCCCCUGGGAUGAGAGGCAGUGGACGGAUUACAGAGCAGUGUGCUUGGUGAGAUUUUGUGGGGCUGAAAGGGGGGAGGGGGGAGAGGACAAGAAUGUUGAGAACUUUCAGGAGUCUCUUGGCCACAGGGAUGUUCCCUUCACUGAGGAAACAAGCCAACAGACAGACUGUGGACAAAGAGUUGGCUCAGGUGGGAAGACAAGGAAGGCGCUUAGAAAAGUUGACUUCCUGCCCCAGCUGUUGUGGCUCAGUGGACUGAGUGCCAGCCUGUGAACCAGGGGGGUCCUGGUUCUAUUCCCAGUCAGGGAACAUGCCUGGGAUGUAAGUCAGGUCCCCAGUGUGGGGGCACAAGAAAAGCAACCACACAUUGAUGUUCCUUUCCCUCCCUUCCCCUCUCUCUAAAAAUAAAUAAAUAAAAUCUUUUUUUAAAGUUGA